AUGAGAUACUUUCUUAACUGUUUCCUUUUCUCUACAUGCUUUGCGCAGGCCGCGAGCAAAGUCUACACAGGCUUCAACUAUGGCGCUUUCUGGAGCGUGGAAGCCAACGCCAAAAAGAAGGCAGACUUUCUUGACGGGUUCAACUUGGCGAGGAAUCUUACCACCGAUAUACCCUUCGAUAGCGCGCGCCUGUUCACUUGCAAAGCCGCCGGUACUCUCGAUGAGCCCACCGAGGCCUUCGAUGCUGCAGUCGACUCCAAGACCAACCUGCUACUAGGAUUCUGGAUAACGCCAGGUCAGAAAGGCGCCUCGCCCGACGAGAAUGUCAAAAAUGAAAUGGUCGCACUCACAAAAGGGUUCAAGAAGCAUGGUCAAGCUCUUUCCGAUCUUGUUAUUGGGCUCUCUAUCGGUAGCGAGGACGUGUACCGUGCGGAGGAGGCUGGCGAGAUAGGUGUUACUGCAGCCGUGGUUGGGCAAACUAUCGCCCAAGUCAAGAAAGAUAUCGCUGCCUCGUCAUUCGCUCGGUAUAUGAAGGAUAAGCCAGUCGGUCAUGUUGAUACAGCCAAGCAUGCCGUGGUGGAUAAUGCAGACUUCAUCGGCAUGACUGCAUACCCCUACUGGAACAAAGACAGCAUUGAAACAGCAAGUACAAGCUUCCAAGGCUCUCUCGAGCAAGUCAAGCAGCGUGCAGGUGACAGACAUGUCUGGAUCGCUGAAAUGGGCUGGCCUUCUACUGACACAGAACAACAUGGCGCUGCAGUUGCUGGUUUAGAAGAAGUCCAGAAGUUUUGGACUGAUGUCGGCUGUGCUGUGUUUGGAAAAUACACUACGUUCUAUUUCGAGUUACUCAAAGACACUGCAUCAGAGCAGAAGGCUGAUUGGAGUAUCAUUGACUCGAUUUCUCGACAGUCACGGAUCAAGAAUAUGAGCUGUGGCAACCCACAGCCCAAGCUCCCUGUUGGUGCUUCAGGUAGCUCACAAGCAUCAUCUCAACCUGUUGCAUCGGCUCUUCCAAAGACGACUAUUUCUGGUUCGCCGACUACCCCAAACGCCACAACUGUGGUAUCGUCUUCUAAGACUCCGCCGAUCGGAUCAACACAAAUUCAGGCUGCGACAGGGGCUAUGACCGUCACCGUGAAGACCACAGCAACGACUGUCGUCUACUCCAAUACUACAGCAAUUGCUGCUCUGAGAUAUUUACCCCUAGACGUCGAGUGGUGCGUCACAGUCGCCGACAUGGACCAGAAUGGCAAACCUGUUCCCGUCGUGGCCGGACCUGCUGGGCCAGACGGAGAAUGUGUUCCACCUCCAACUUAUCAAGGAUACCCAUACGUAACAGCACGAUCAACAGCAAAGCCGUCCGAGAUAUCCAUGCGAACAGACUGGUGCGUUACCGUGGCUGAUAUCGACCGGAAUGGUCGCCCUGUACCUGUUGAUGCCGGACCCGCUGGAGUGGAUGGCGAGUGCAGUGUUCCACCGACGUAUAGCGGUAUACCUGCGAUUGCUACUUUGAUUAGUGACUCAAAGGCUCCCGAGCCGUCAAAGGGGCCGCUUCUGCCAACUUCUUUGGCGGUAAAAUUUUCUUUGCUUUCGAGCAUCAAGGCGUCAGCAAGCCCUAUUGCACCUUUGGCAAGCGCUAUUACUCCGUUACCUGUGUUAUCGGGAAAGUCGCAGUGUAAUCGCCGCGAGCGUCGAUCUGAGGUGCUGCCUGUGUCAAACUCCACAGCAAUGGUCCUGGUAUCCACCACUGCAUCUGCAUCGGUUCCGCCAUCAUCUCCGCAUUCUUUUACUUUGAUCAGAGUACCUUCUGGUCCUUUCGACGCAACACUUUCGGAGUUUAAUUUCGCUACCCCAACUGCUGUACCGGAGGCCAAAACGGCGAUUGGAGGUGGGGAUAGAGUGGUAAUCAGACGGAAUUGGUUCAAAGACACUUUCGAAAAGGUCACGUCGUGGUAG